GAAGCCAAUAGCGUAGCCGCCGUCGCAUCCGGAGGAUAUGUGACACUGAUUUUGCGGUUUAAGUUGGUCGAACUAAGCCAGACAGGAUAGCUGCACUAGACUUAAAGCAUUGUGCUGACGGCCGGGCCGACCAGACGCCCAACAUGUCGAAAAACGAGAAGACCAAGUCCAGCUUCCUGGACAAGGCGUUCCACAAAAAGCCGAAGAAGGGCGGCCGGCCCGCGUCGGUGCACGAGGCGGCCGAGGACACGGUGGACCAGGCGCCGGCCGCCACCACCGACGCUCUCACCGAGGCCGACGUGGAGCGGGAGUUCGAGAAGAUGCUGGACGACAUGAACCUGACUGAUGACAAGAAGACCCCGCUGAAGAACCAGGACAUCGACAAGAAGCGUCGCAUGCUCGCCAUGCACUACAAGGGCGCGGCACCGCAGCGCCAGCGAAGCCGGUUCGUCGCGCCGGCCGACUACACCAGCUACCUGUCACAGCCGCUCAGCGUGCAGAAGACCAGCGAGUGUCUCGAGUCGCUGCGCAUCGCGCUCACCAACAACCCGCUCACCUGGGUGCAGGAGUUCGGCGAGACCGGGCUCAAGCAGCUGAUCGCCAUCCUCGGCGAGUGCUACCGUGGGGACAGCAAGUGGGACCGGGUGCAGCUAGAGUGCGUGCGCUGCCUCAAGUCGCUGAUGAACAGCACGCUGGGGCUGCGCCAGAUGCUGGCCGAGGAGGGCGCGCUGCCAGCUCUGGCGCGCAGCCUCGACCCGUCGCUGCCGCAGGUCAUGCACGAGGUGGUGCGCAUGCUCUCCGCCUUCGCCAUCGUGCCGCCGGACGGCCACCGGCGCACGCUCGACGCCAUCACGGCCAACGGCGAGCUGGUGCAGCGGCCGCGGUUCGCGCCGAUCGUGCAGGGCCUGAUGGACCGCAGCAACGGACAGCUACGGGUGUGCGUCAUGAUCCUGAUCAACGCCCUGGUCAGCUCGCCGGACGACCUCGACUUCCGCAUGCACCUGCGGAACGAGUUCAUGAGAGACGGCCUCAUCGACAUUCUUGAGACCAUGGCGGCCGACGAGGCUGACGGCCUGCAGAACCAGCUCAAGAUCUUCAACGAGCACAAGGAGGACGACCACGACGAGGUGUGCCAGCGCUUCGACACGAUUCGCCUGGAGCUGGACGAUCCCGAUCAGUGCUACACGCUGCUGCGCAACUCGCUGGCCGACUCGCCGGGCGAGCCGUACUUCCUGUCGGUGCUGCAGCACCUGCUUUGCAUUCGGGACGACCACAACGCGCGCAUGGCCUACCUGAAGCUGGUGGAGGAGUGCGUCUCCCAGAUCGUGCUGCACAAGUCGGGCGUCGACCCGGACUUCCGCGCCACACGCCGCUUCCAGCUGGACGUCGAGCCGCUGAUCGAGACGCUGGUGGAGCGCAGUCGUAAGGAGGAGGAGCGCGCCGCGGGCGAGCUCAACGCUAAGAUGGAGGAGAUGCUGACCAGCAAGCAGGAGACGGAGGCGCGGCUCUCGGCGUCGGAGCGGCUGGUGGCCGAACUACAGGCGCGGCUCGCCAGCGGCGCUGGCCCGCCAGGCUCGCUGGUCAUCCCCAGCGGCAUACCGCCGCCGCCCCCGCCGCCCGGGGCCGGAGGCAUACCGCCGCCGCCCCCGCCGCCGCCACCACCGCCGGGCUCGGGCAUACCGCCGCCGCCCCCGCCGCCGCCACCACCGCCGGGCUCGGGCAUACCGCCGCCGCCUCCUCCGCCUGGCUCGGGCAUACCGCCGCCGCCCCCGCCUCCAGGCGGCGGCCCGCCCCCGCCCCCGCCGCCGCCUGGCUCGGGACCGCCGCCGCCGCCGGGUAUGCCGCGGGCGCCGGCGCCGCCGCAGCUGCCCUACGGACUCAAGCCCAAGACCAAGUGGACCCUGGGCCAGAAUCUGAAGCGGGCCAACUGGAAAAAGAUUCUUCCAAACAACUUGAAAGAGAAUUCGUUCUGGGUCAAAGCCAACGAGGAGGCGUUGGCUGAUGAUGAGAUUCUGGAAGGUCUGAAGAGCAAGUUCGCGUCGAAGCCACCUCCUCAGAAGGCAGAAGUGGCCCAAGCAAACAACAAGGGAAAGAAGGGCAAGGAGCUGCGCGUGCUGGACGGCAAGGCGGCGCAGAACCUCUCGAUCAUGCUGGCCGGCUCGUUCAAGCACAUGUCGUUCGAGGAGGUGAAGCGCGCGGUGCUGCGCUGCGACGACUCGGUGCUCACCGACAGUCUGGUGGAGUCGCUCAUCCAGUUCUGUCCGACCGGCGACCAGCUGAAGAAGCUGGAGGCGCACCAGGACGACUACGAUGACCUGCCCGUCGCCGAGCAGUUCGCGCUCACGAUCGGCAGCAUAAAGCGGCUCCUCCCGCGCCUCAAUUCGAUGAGCUUCAAGCUGAAGUUCGAUGAGAUGGUGCAGGACAUUAAGCCGAGCGUUGUUUCGGCCACCGCCGCCUGUGAGGAGGUCAUGUCCAGCCAGAAGCUGGCCCGCCUGCUGGAGCUCAUCCUGCUGCUCGGCAACUACAUGAACGCCGGCUCCAGGAACGCUGAGGCGUUCGGCUUCGAGAUCAGCUACAUCACGAAGCUCAACAACACCAAGGACGUCCACAACAAGACGACGCUCAUCCACUACCUGGCCGAGGUGGUGGAGACGAAGCACCCCGAGCUGCUGGAGUUCCCCGGCGAGAUUCCGCACGCCCAGGCAGCCGCCAAGGUGUCCGCGGAGCAGGUGAAGGCGAUGAUUAACAAGAUGGAGAUUGGCACGAGGAACCUGGAGACGGACAUCAAGAACAACAAGGUGCCGCUGUGUGACGACGACAAGUUUCUGGACGUCAUGACCGAGUUCGCGGCCUCUGCCAGGGAGCAGGUCAACAUCCUGACCAGCAUGGCGCAGACGAUGACCGAACGCUUUGCCAGCAUCGCCGACUUCUUUGCGUUCGACCAGAAGAAGUACACCAUGGAGGACUUCUUCGGCGACAUCAGCACGUUUAUCAAGCAGUUCCAGGACGCCUACCAGGACAAUGUGAAGCUGCGCGAGACCGAGGCUAAGAUCCAGCGUGCCAAGGAGGCCAAGGCCAAGGCGGAACGUGAGCGCAACGAGAAGAAGUCACAGAAGCGCGCUAUCGAGGCCAUGAUGGAGGGUGGCGACAACCAGGAGGGCGUGAUGGACAGCCUGAUGGAGGCGCUGCAGUCGGGCUCCGCCUUCAGCCGCGACCAGCGCAAGAAGCGGCCCGCCCGGCCCGCCGGAGCUGAACGGCGCGCGCAGCUGAGUCGAAGCCGGUCGCGGCCGGGCCUGAACGGAGACGAGGACCACCGAGACGUGCCUAGGGAGGCAACCACCGAACCGGCGCCGGAAGAGCCGCUCCGCGUGGUGGGCGUGCGGCGCCGCUCCAACCAGCCGGGCGACGAGCGUAGCCGCGAGAAACGCGUCAACAGCACCAACAAGCUGCUGGACAGUCUGAUGGAGACGGGCUCCUAGCCGUGCCGGGCGACCGCCGGUGCCGCGGGCGGCGGCGGGAGGACGAGUAGGCGACCGAAGCGUGGAGGGAAGGGACUCGAUGUGGUAGAGGAACGGAGGGGGUAGGUCGGUAGGAGCUGCUCUGUCGGGCUUUAACUCCAAGGCGGGCAGCGCCGAGCGUGGAAGGUCCCUAAUAGCGGAUGGGGUCGCUGAGGUACACAAAUGGUCUGAGCUAGUGACGCGGCAGUCGUACCGUUUGAUGCUAAUCUAGGUUUUAUCAAGGGGUUUGAAGUGGUGACUAUUGUGAUUUACUUGCUCAGUACAUAUCGUGGACGUCCUGUGGGCGCGCUGUCAAAUUACGGAUGCGUGCCAGCUAAUAGGUAAGAUUCCGAGCUUAUACUUAUGUGUUUGUGCGCUUGAUUACUGUUGUCCUGUCUGUUGGCAGAUCACGUUAUGAUGUGACACGAGGUGCUCCCGAGUUAUACAGUCGUGCGACGAAUUUGACGCUUCCCAGCUAAGCGUGCUUCCAGCCAGACCUUUCAAAUAGGAAACGUGGCUUCCGUAGGCGUCGCUAGUUAUUAACCCGUCAUCGAGACUAUAGAUGCGCAUCUCCUCGGAGUUUCGUCGUGCGUGUGGUGGGAUGUGUGACCCGCAUUGAAUGGCUUCCUGUCUCUGCCGUUGCAUGGAGCAUGUGCAUUCCUGCGUGCGUCGCGCAACAAGCUGUUCAGGCGUUGUGAAAGCCGUGGAGGUGCGACUUGUCUGCGACGCCUUGUGCCAAACGGGCGGCGUUCGUCGUCUUCCGUCAAACGAAUUAGAACCGUCGUGGCGGAACGAGUCGAUGCUGUGCUUGUGCCUGUUCUCCCAGUGUACUUACGAUUUUUAUCGGAACUUAGAGUCACGUUUUGAGCGGCAGGAUGUCUUAAACCGGCGCAAGUUUCGCGGAAGACCUGUGAUCGGCCUGAAUCAGGCUGUGCGCGUGGCCACGUUAACUGCCUUAGGACUGCUGGCAGCAGCACAGCCUGCGUGUGCGUGCAGUCCCUGCGGUCAGCUGUCUGUGGAGCGGUGGGCCCGACCGCCAAUGCAGUGGUUGGGCGUGGUCCGGCAGCCGCAGUAUCUCUCUCGACAAUAUCCCUGCAGUGUGCACCCUGGCGGAGCCAGCGAUGUGCUCGCAACAUUCCACGAAGCGCGCACAUGCGUGCUCCGAUGUCCCGAUUUCCCUUACAAUGAGAUGGUGUGCUCAUUGGCGAUCGCUGGUCUUCGCGGUGGCUGCCUGGUCACGGCGCGCAUGCGCAGCGAGCGAACUUACAAGUUGGAUUUGACAGCAGCUGGUAUGGUGUGGUCCUGCAGUCAUUUUCCUGCCGGAAAAUGCCGACUUGUCGCAUUUUAGCGAGCCCGUUGCGCCUCUGUUGAGACGGGUGAUCACGCUCGUUUGAGACGGGAGAGCGGGACGAAGGCGAUGUCUUCGCGUCCCCAGUACCUGUACCGUGCCUUGGUCUCGGCCACACCAGUUAGCUGUUUUAUUCGACGCGAUCGUCGGUUGUUGGGUGCGAUAAU